CUUCACUGGUUGUCGUUUCUUUCUGCAAUGGGCGACUCGUUUGUCAUAGCAAUUGACUUUGGCACUGCAUUUAGUGGGUAUGCCUUUAAUAUCACACCCGGAAAGGAAAAAAGUGAGCCACACCUGCCAAGGUGGGGAAAGGAGUAUGGAUUUGACACCCCAAAGACUCCAACCUGCAUUUUGUUUAAUGAAGAUGAAAAAUGUCUGAGUUUUGGCUAUGAAGCCAAAAUGGCAUACAAGGAAAUGAGUGGGGAAGAAGCAAAGAAGCAUUAUUUCUUUGAAGACUUCAAGAUGGAACUCUAUAGCAAAAAACUCAGCAGUAAUCUGAAGAUUAAAGCCGCCAAUGGAAAAUCAAUGAAAGCAUUGAAGGUUUUCUCAGAAUCCCUGAGAUUUCUUAAAGAAGAUGCACUCAGAACAAUCAGCCGAAACACACAAGGGAAAAACUUCUUGGCCUCUGACUUCACCUGGGUUCUGACGGUUCCUGCCAUCUGGGAUCUUUCAGCUAAACAGUUCAUGAGAGAAGCUGCAACUCAGGCAGGUAUUGUAACAGAAGAAGAUGAGGAAAAGCUGGUGAUGGCAUUGGAACCAGAAGCUGCUUCAAUCUGGUGUAAGAAGCUUCCAUCAGAUGGUUUCAUCUCUGAAAAUCACAAUGAAGAGUCACUGGAUCAGUCUGCAGGGACUCAGUACAUCGUUGUUGACUGUGGAGGAGGAACUAUUGACAUCACUGUUCAUGAAGUCCUGGGUGGAGGAGCCCUGAAGGAGCGGCACAAGGUCUCUGGAAAUGAUCUGGGAGGACAAACUGUAGACAGAAAAUUUAAGAAGUUUCUCAGAGAGAUACUUCCUGAAGGAGUCUGGGAUCAAUAUGAACAAAACUCUCCCAGUGCUGCUCAGAGAAUUAUGUAUGAUUUUACCUACCUCAAACAGUCUGAAAAAGAUGUUCAGAUUAGCUGCCCAUUCGCACUGGGAUCAUUAGCUAAAGAAAAAUCAGACACAGAAAACUUUGUUCAGUCAGAACUUGGUGCUUCCUGGGAUGGUGAGUUCAUCAAAAUCUCAAGAGACAAAAUGAGGUCUUUCUAUGAUGAAAGUCUGAAGGGCAUCACUGAGAAUCUCAAGGAAAUCUUUAACUGUGGUCUCAACAUCAAGUACGUUCUGUUAGUGGGUGGGUACGCUCAGAGUCAAAUUCUGCAGCAGCACAUUACUGACCAGUUUGGACAACAGUGUAAAGUUCUGUGUCCUUUCAGAGCUCAGGAGGCGAUUAUGAGAGGAGCUGUAGAGUUUGGUAGAAACCCAGAUGUUGUGGCUUCUCGGAAAAGUUCCUAUACUUAUGGAUUUGCUGUUUGUGAAAAGUUUGAUGAGAGCAAACAUAAGGAAGAAAAGAAAUUUACAGCCAAAGGUGUGGAAUGGAGUCGAGAUAUUUUCAGGAAACUGGUGGAAGAAGAUGAAGAUCUUGGUUCACAGGGUACCAGAGAGUUCUUAUGUUCUUCAGCAAGAGCAGGUCAGAAACAGAUGAGAGUGAGAUUCUUCCGUUCAUUAAGAAAAGAUCCAGUGUAUGUAGAUGACUGGGGAGUGGAAAAGGUUGGUUCAUUCAUUGUAGACAUGACUGGAGGCGGUAAAGUCAAUCUGGAAAUUGACUUUGGCUACACAGAGAUAAAAGCUACAGGGACAAACCAGAUUAGUGGGGAAACACAAACUGUAAAAAUUGACUUCAUGACAACAGACAGAGAAUGUGUCAUUGAUGGUGACCCAGAAGAUGCUGCCAGUGUUAGAUCAAAAACUCCAAAAUAUGUAGAGGGCACUGAUUAAAACACUCUGAGCCAUAAUAGUUGUCUUGAUAUUUUCUUUCUUCACACAGUCAGUCAGUAUGUCAAUGACUUCAAGACAUGGUAGUGGAACAUCAAAAUUGGCUGCUGAUCCUACCCUUUAUUUUAGCACACAGUGGCGAAACACUAAACAAUCAAGAUGAAAAAUUGUGAAAAACAUUUUUUGCACCAAUGCUUUGAGACCACCCAGCCUCGUUGGCUAAGUUUUCACCUAAAAAUGUACAAGACCUCGAAUAAUAGUUUAUGUAAUUAAUGCAUGAAUGAUGGAAAUAAUUUGCUAAUGAUGCUCAUAAUUUACUCAUAUCAUAAUUCCUGCCCUAAAUUAGUAGAAGUUAGAAUGUCUUGGGAAUAGUAUCGUUUUAGUUUAUAUAGUGCAUGUGGUGGAGGUUUCUUUAAGUGUAUUGUAACAAUGGUGUGAUCAAUAAAAUCAUUUAAGCUAACAACUGAGAACAUAUAUAAAAGUUAGCAUGAUUAAUGUCUUCAUACUUGUUUUAAUUUUAGCAUUCACAUAAAUGCCAGGCACUACUCCAUUUUUGAAAGCUUUGAAGUGAAAUUUAAUUUCAAUAAAAAACAAA